AUGCGUUCACAAUUCGCAUUCUCCACGCACAAACUGACGCGAUGCAUCGGACAACGACUCUCUGUGAUUGCGACCACCAGCCACGACGCAUUCCUCGUUCGGAAGCAAAUAUCAAGAGUUCUGGUGCAGACGAGAGGCUUGUACGGAACAAGUAAGUUCAACUUUCAGAGCAUGAAGGUUAUCGACCUUAUUUCCAGAUAUUCGUUCGAUUCGAGCGAGAUAUCCGGAUGAAAAGCACGAGAAAAGCGAUGAAGAAGGCAAAGAAAAAGGACAAAAUGAAGAAAAAACUGAAGGGCAACAAAAGGACGAACAGAAGAAAAUCGAUCCAGCGCUCAGUAAGUCGGAUUGAUUCCAGAUGAAUAUAACUGAAAACAGUAAACCUAAUCAAACUUUUCAGUUCGGAAGCUGAGAAUUUACGUGCUCGCGGUCGCCGGUCUCUCAUUUGUCUCUUCGUUUUUCCUACUCUCUGAUAUGUUCACUGGUGAUCGGAAGCUUUCGGGUGAAUUGAAAGCGAGGAUUUCACAAGGUAAAUUUAGAAAAAUAAUUUAUUCGAAAUAGAAAAUUGAUUUUCAGGCCUGGAAUUCCUGUUAAGAAUUUCAUCGAGGGAUAUCUGAAGCAUGGUGAAGUGAAGCGGAUCGUGUUCGUCCCCGCCAACGCUCGUGCUAUCGCAAUUCUCCAUCCCGGUGCCGUUAUCGAUGGAAAGCAGUCACAAGAUCAGUCGGUGGUUGUUGAGUACCCACAAAAUGCUCAACAAUUCUGGGCGGAUAUUCGAAAAGCGGAGGCUGAACUCGGAAUAGGAUUAUCACAAGGUGUGCAGAUCGAUUUGUACCAGGGAAUGACUACUUUAAAGCGAGUGAUUCAACUUCGUGUAGCUGACAAGCUUGUUUUUAUUACAGAUUGAUCGAACUGAUCAUUGGUGUGAUGAUUCUGGCCUGGUUAGGUACUCAAUAUGGCCGUUUGCUUCGCAAGAGACUUCUGGAGAAUCAGGCAAAGAAGGGAAAGAACUGA